AUGGCUGACCAGAAUCUUAAUCAGACAUUCAGUUACCACUUGCAGAUCGCCAGUUUUGACAUCCCUACCCCAUUGAGCUACCCUGUGUUCACCAUGGGUCUCCUGCUCUAUCUGUUCUCUGUCUUCUGUAACCUGACCAUCAUGCUGUUGAUCGUCACACAGCGGACUCUCCACAAGCCCAUGUUUUACAGUCUCCCCCUGAACGACCUGGUAGGAAUCAGCUCUAUGCUACCCAGGGUGUUGGCAGACAUCGUGACACAGACUCACUCUGUGUACUACCCCACAUGUGUUUUUCAAGCCUUUGUUUGUCACAUGUACGGGGGGUGGUGUGCUUUUCCUACCUGCAGCGAUGUCAAUUGAUAGAUAUUUUACCAUUUGCAAACCACUGCAAUAGACUGUGUCAUUAUAUCAGCUGCUUGGGGCCUGGACCUGGCCAUGAUACUGACCCUGUUUGCUCUUCAGUCCAGAGUUAAGAGGUGCAAGGCUUACAUACUAAAUAUCUACUGUGACACCAAUAAUCUGUCAUAGUAACAUACCUAACAUCUGUUUAAUGCCUUUCUUACUUGACUUGUUUUGAGAUUACUAUUCAAUCACAUUUUGUCAACUGGAUAUGUUAGGCAGUGGCCUCUUUAAAGGUUGCUUUACUUUUUCAUAUUUUACUUGAUAUUAUUAAUAUAUGCAUAACGUUUUUUUUCAUAUAGAUUGGUAUAUUGCAAGGUGACCUCAGUGUGGAAAAUUAUGCAAUGUGAAAAAGUAGUCCUGCAAUUUUCCAAGUCCCCCAGACUGAACCAUUUGGUGCUGUGUUAUAUUGUUCAAUCAGCCCAGAAACCCUUAUAACACGUUAUUAAUAAGCGUGAUUCCGAAUUAUUCAAUUCGAUAUGAACUGCAUCAGUCUAUGAAAGCCUCUUUUGUCUGUGGAGUCGAGCAGACUAUGAGACAGCUGUAUGUGUAAUUGGUACUCUUACCCAGUGUCAAUGACUUUGUCUGCUUUGUGGUUGUGUACUGUUAGGUUACACAGUCCCAAUUACUUAAAGGCCCAGUGCAGUCAAAAACUAGAUUUUCCUGUGUGUUAUAUAUAUUUCCACACUUUGAGGUUGGGAUAACACUGUGAAAUUGUGAAAAUUAUGAUAAUGCCAUUUUAGUGUAAGAGCUGUUUGAAAAGACCGCCUGAAAUUUCUGCCUGUUUUGGUGGGAUGGCGAUUUGGCCACCAGCCAGUAAAUUAGUUAAUAGACCAAUAAGAAAGAGAGUUCCAAACCGCUCUGACAAUAACAGAUAAUUUUGCGUUUUCCCCUCCCCACUAAGACCACUCCCAGAAAAAUCAUAGCAAAAUUCUUGAUUGAGAAAUUGCUCUUUGCCAAGAAGCUAUUUUUGUUUCUUUUUGACCAUUUUAAUUGAAAACAAUCACAGUAAGGUACUUGUUUGUUACCCAGAAAAUAUGUGAUAUUGAAAUAAAAAACAGCUGCAUUGGACCUUUUAAGUAAGGCCUUUGGAAGGCAGUGCAGUUGUGUACUGUUAGGUCAGGAGGUGUGACUGUUAGGGGGCAGGUGUUACUACAGCUGUACUUCACAACCGGGACAGCAGCACCAUGGAAACCCUUUUUCCUGCGGUCAGGGGCUGCAUCUAUAAUCACCACAAAUUAUGUUUGGACUCUCUGGGAUUGUCAUGAUCCGCCCACUCUCCUCUAAUUUACAUGAUGUGCAGUGAAGCGAGCCAGGAGCCUACCCAUCUGUCAACAUGCUUUUGAAGGUAUUGAAUUACCCACAAUACUUUGAGCUUAGACAGUUUGAGCUUAGUCUACAGAUACUCACACUGGCCUCAUACACAUUGGGCGGUUCUAAAUGGAUAGUUCACUGGUUUCAUACACAUCAGGCGUUCUGUAAAGGCAUAGUUCACCCAUUGACAGAUAACUGGCAAUAUAUGGAUGAUGGAUGAGAGUCAGCAACCAAAAACGUGGCUUAGUUUACCUAAUCACAAUUUAGCAUGAGCAUAAUUGCAUGCAAAACAAUGGGAAAACUCUGAACAGCAUGCCUACAUCAACUCAGUCACCAAUGAAUUACAGUGCCUUGCAAAAGUAUUCAUCCCCCUUGGCGUUUUUCCUAUUUUGUGGCAUUACAACCUGUAAUUUAAAUGGAUUUUUAUUUGGAUUUCAUGUAAUGGACAUAUACAAAAUAGUCAAAAUUGGUGAAGUGAAAUGAAAACUUGUUUCAAAACAUUUGAAUAAAAAAUAACGGAGAAGUGGUGUGUGCAUAUGUAUCUGGUGCAACCAAUUACCUUCAGAAGUCACAUAAUUAGUUAAAUAAAGUCCACCUGUGUGCAAUCUAAGUGUCGCAUUAUCUGUCACAUGAUCUCAGUAUAUAUACACCUGUUCUGAAAGGCCCCAGUCUGCAACACCACUACUCUGGUCAGAUAAGACUAAAAUUGAGCUUUUUGGUCAUCAAGGAAAAUGCUAUGUCUGGCGCAAACCCAACACCUCUCAUUACCCCGAGAACACCAUCCCCACAUUGAAGCAUGGUGGUGGCAGCAUCAUUUUCUUUUUUUCUUUUAUUUCACCUUUAUUUAACCAGGUAAGCCAGUUGAGAACAAGUUCUCAUUUACAACUGCGACCUGGCCAAGGUAAAGCAAAGCAGUGCGAUAAAAACAACAACACAGAGUUACACAUGGGGUAAACAAAACAUAAAGUCAAAAAUACAACAGAAAAUAUGUAUACAGUGUGUGCGAAUGUAGUAAAUUAUGGAGGUAAGGCAAUAAAUAGGCCAUAGUGCAAAAUAGUUACAAUUUCGUAUUAACACUGGAAUGAUAGAUGUGCAAAAGAUGAUGUGCAAAUAGAGAUACUGGGGUGCAAAUUAGCAAAAUAAAUAACAAUAUGGGGAUGAGGUAGUUGGAUGGGCUAAUUACAGAUGGGCUGUGUACAGUUGCAGUGAUCGGUAAGCUGCUCUGACAACUGACGCCUAAAGUUAGUGAGGGAGAUAAGAGUCUCCAGCUUCAGAGAUUUUUGCAGUUCGUUCCAGUCAUUGGCAGCAGAGAACUGGAAGGAAUGGCGGCCAAAGGAGGUGUUGGCUUUGGGGAUGACCAGUGAGAUAUACCUGCUGGAGCGCAGACUACGGGUGGGUGUUGCUAUGGUGACCAGUAAGCUAAGAUAAGACAGGGAUUUGCCUAGCAGUGAUUUAUAGAUGACCUGGAGCCAGUGGGUUUGGCGACGAAUAUGUAGUGAAGGCCAGCCAACAAGAGCGUACAGGUCACAAUGGUGGGUAGUAUAUGGGGCUUUGGUGACAAAACGGAUGGCACUGUGAUAGACUACAUCCAAUUUGCUGAGUAGAGGGUUGGAGGCUAUUUUAUAAAUGACAUCGUCGAAGUCAAGGAUCGGUAGGAUAGUCAGUUUUAUGAGGGCAUGUUUGGCAGAAUGAGGGAAGGAGGCUUUGUUGCGAAAUAGGAAGCCGAUUCUAGAUCUAACUUUUGAUUGGAGAUGCUUAAUGUGAGUCUGGAAGGAGAGUUUACAGUCUAACCAGACACCUAGUUUUCCACAUACUCUAGGUCAGACCCGCCGAGAGUAGUGAUUCUAGUCGGGUGGGCGGGUGCAAGCAGCGUUCGGUUGAAGAGCAUGCAUUUAGUUUUACUAGUGUUUAAGAGCAGUUGGAGGCUAUGGAAGGAGUGUUGUAUUGGGGUGAAGCUCGUUUGGAGGUUUGUUAACACAGUGUCCAAUGAAGAGCCAGAUGUAUACAAAAUGGUGUCGUCCGCCUAGAGGUGGAUCCGAGCGUCACCAGCAGCAAGAGCAACAUCAUUGAUAUACACAGAGAAUAGAGUCGGCCCGAGAAUUGAACCCUGUGGCACCCCCAUAGAAACUGCCAGAGGUCCAGACAACAGGCCCUCCAAUUUGACACAUUGAACUCUAUCUGAGAAGAAGUUGUUGAACCAGGCGAGGUAGUCAUUUGAGAAGUCAUCAUGCUGUGGGGAUGUUUUUCAUCGGCAGGGACUGGGAAACUGGUCAGAAUUGAAGGAAUGAUGGAAUGGCGCUAAAUACAGGGAAAUUCUUGAGGGAAACCUUUCAGUCUUCCAAGGAUUUGAGACUGGGACGGAGGUUCACCUUCAAGCAGGACAAUGACCCUAAGCAUACUGCUAAAGCAACACUCAAGUGGUUUAAAUGUCUUGGAAUGGCCUAGUCAAAGCCCAGACCUCAAUCCAAUAGAGAAUCUGUGGUAUGACUUAAAGAUUGCUAUACACCAGCGGAACCCAUCCAACUUGAAUGAGCUGGAGCAGUUUUGCCUGAAGAAUGGGCAAAAAUCCAAGUGGCUAGAUGUGCCAAGCUUAUAGAGACAUACCCCAAAAAACUUGCAGCUGUAAUUGCCGCAAAAGGUGGCUCUACAAAGUAUUGACUUUGGGGAGUUGAAUAGUUAUGCACACUCAAGUUUUCUGUGUUUUUGUCUUAUUUCUUGUUUGUUUCACAAUAAAAAAUAAAUUGCAUCGUCAAAGUGGUAGGCAUGUUGUGUAAAUCAAAUGAUACAAACCCUCCCAAAAAUCAAUUUUAAUUCCAGGUUGUAAGGCAACAAAACAGGAAAAAUGCCAAGGGGGGUGAAUACUUUCGCAAGCCACUGUACAUAUAAGGAUGUUAUAAUAUUGCAAUAAAGUUGUUUUUAAAAUGUUAUCAUGAACUAGACUACACAGCAACACAUAUCGAAGGAGGUUCCCAGGUUACAUCAGCUAGGUGAAAGGCCUCUAGGACACUUAAGGGCUGUCCUUUACUGAUAAUGAGGCAAUAAAAAGGGCUUGUCAGGGAGCCAUCACACAGGGGUCUGUCAUAACUGAAGGUGGCCUCCAGCGCUGGCCGUGGACUGACAUCUAAGAAGAGAGAAGUAUGAAUGAUUUAAAUAAUAUGAUAGAUUAAGCUAAACUGCAGUAGGCUACUCAAUUAAUGUGUUUCCAUUUGGCAAAGAAAAAUGUGUGUUAUAUGCAACAGUUUCAACAACAACAAAGUAAUUUAUUUCUUAAUUCUUUGGGAUUUAGUUUUGUUCUUUUUAUUUGUAGAGAUGUGUUUUUUCUGUCAUAUUUGUUGCAGUCAAAACAUAAUAUUUGUUGCAUUAGGCAAUAUUGUGCUCUUUGAAUUCAACACAUUCAUUGGACAAACAUAUGUGUUGAAGACUAUAUGACUAUUUCUGUAUUGUUUCAGGUGGGCUGCUUUCCAGAAGGCAAUUACAAAAUCAUUCUACAGUAGUUAUGUAUACAAAUUCUACAUACAUGUUGAGCAUGGAAUCACUGGCCAUAUCUCCAUCUGGUGUUUACCCAGCAUUCCUUUUUGGAACCCUUACAUACUGUUUCAUUGUGUUUGCACGUAGGUUUUAGCCCAUACAGUGCAUAAACUUUUAAAGGGGAAAAAAGGAAGGUUUUUAAACUUUCGGCCCAAAAAAAUUUGGGAAAAGGAAAAAAAAACCAAAAUGGUUAAAGGCCUUUUUGGGGUUUCCAAUCAAAGGGGAAAAAAUUCCUUAUUGGGGUCCCUGGCGCAAACCCAAAAAACCCCUCCCCCCUUUUAAAAAAAAAAAAAAAAAAAAAAAAAAAAAAAAAACCCCCCCCCCCCCCCCCCCCCUUUUUGGGAAAAACAAAAACCAUCCCCAAGUGGUGGGGAUUUUGGAAAAAAGAACAAAAAAACCCAAUUUUUAUUCCGGGGGAGGGAAAAAAAGGAAAAAGGGCCGGGGGUUGAAAAUUUGGAAGGCCCGUAAAUACGGGAAUUUUGGGGGGAAAAUUUAAAAAGUUUCCCAAAUUUAGACUAACGGGGGAAACCUUCAAAGCGGUCCCAAGAAUACUGGUUAAACCCCAAACACUAAAUGGUUUUAAGGGCGGGAAACCCCCCUAAAAAGGCCCAGACCCAUCCAAGGGGUCGGGGUAUAAAAAAAGGGUUCCCUUUCCACCUGGGGGGCCCGUUGUUAACUGACUUUUCUAAAGAAGGGAAAAAUUUUCCAAAUUUGAUGUUCCCAAUUUUUAUAGGCUCCCCCAAAAAUUGCCUUUUUGGGCGAAAAGGGGGGUUUUAAAAAGUUUUAUUUAAAAUUUUGAAACCCAAAAACGUUUUUGUUUUUUCUUUUUUUGGGUUUUUUCCCUUUUUAAUUUUGGGGUAGGAUUGUUUUUUGUAAAAAAAUUUGUUAAAAACCCCCCAAAAAAAAAAUUUUUUGGGGUUUGAAGGGGCAAAAAAUGGGUCUUUAAAUUUCCCAACCAGGGAAAACAUAUGGUGUUAAAUUUUAAAAAAAAUUUUUUUAAAAUUUUUUCUUUGGGGGCUGUUUUUCCAGAACACUUAAAAAACCCCAUUCAUCAGUGGGUUAUGUAAUUAACAAAAUUUUUACAUAAUGGGAAAAAAUAAAAGGGGGGGCAAGCCUCCCGGGUUUGUAAAACCAAACCCCAGCUUCCUUUUUGGCCCCUUAAAAGGUUUUUUUUUUUUUGAAGUUAAAAACGGUUUUUGGGCCCCAAAUUAAGGCCCUUUUGGAAAAGAAAAAGGGGAUAAACCCCAUUUUUUCCACCCAAAAAAAGAAAUCUUUUUCGAAAUUUUUGGGGUUUUUUUGUUCUUUUUAGGGGUGGGGGUUUUUUUCCUGUCAAACAGGUAAAACUUAUUGUUGUUUACCAAUAGGCUUUUUGUUCCCUUCCAAAAAACCUUUGGGGAAAAGUUUGGCUUUUAUUAUUUUUCCGGGGGGGGGGUUUUUCCGAAGGAAUUUUAAAAAAUCUUUCCCACGAGGUAUAAAACCAUCAGGGAGCCAAAAAAUUUGGCAAAACCCCAUUUUUUCCAAGUUUCCUUUUUGGCCCUUCUUUUUUAUUUUUGGUUUUCCCGGUUCGGUUUUGUUCAAUACCGGGAAAACGAAAAGGGGAAAAGUUGUAAACCCUUUUUCUUUUACUCUUCCAUGCCCCUAUAAAAAUUUAAUAGGUUUUUUUUAACCCCCUCUUUCAGGGGUUUAGGUUGGGCUAAAGGUUUAAUUUCCCCUAGCUCCCAGACCCCUUUUCCCCCCACCUUUUGGGUCCCUUAAAUACCCUUGACCGGGGCCAAGGCCCUUAGACAGGAAACGCAAUUUUGGUUUUUUCCAUUUUUGGGUUUUAACGCCUUUUUUGGCCAAAUAACUUUAGAAAAACCCUUUUUAGGGGCUUUUGGUUGUUAUUUUUGGGGUUUCCCUUCGGGGUCCCCUUUCAAUAUGGCCUAAAUAAAAAAACCUUUGGGAAAUUUUCCCCAAAAGUUUUUUUAAAAAAUUAUGGGGUUUUUAAAUAAAAAAUACUGUACUUGCCAUGUAUAAUACUUUUAAAAAUUCCCGCCUUAGAAAAAGUUUUUAAAGGGCCUUUCCAAAAGGGGAAAGUUUUAUUUUCUUUUUGGUAACAUCUUUCCCUUUUUGUCUCUUUUCGGCCGGGGCCCUUUUUUUUAAACCCUUUUGGGGAAUUUUUUUAGGGUUUUCCCUCCCCCAUUCUGUCCCCCUUUAAGGGUUUCAAAAAUUUCGGGUUUGGGGGUUUUAAAAACCGGGUUUUCUUUUUGGGGUUGUUAAAAUUAAAAUUGGGGCCCUAUAGUUUUUGGGUUUUAAAAAAAAUUUUUUUUGGGGAAAAUUGUUUCCCGGUUUUUCGCGGGCGUUCUUUUGGGUUCCCGGGGGGGUUUCGCGGUGUUUUUUUUAAAGAAGUGCCCCGCAUGUUCCCGUUUUUUGGGUUUUUUUGGGUUUGGUCGUUUUUUUAAAACUUUUUUGGGUUGGGAUUUUGUCCCUCCUAUAAGCUUUAAGGGUUUUCCCUGGUUGUUUUGAAUUGUUCGGGCCCUUUGGGCCAGUUUGUUUUUGUUCCCGUUUUUGGGGAAAAAAUGGGGAAUUUUUCCCGAUUUUUUAAGGGGUUUAAAUUGUGUUUUGUUAAAAAGGGUUUAGGGGUUGGCUCGUUUUUGACCUAAUUGUUUUUGGGUCUUUGUUUUGUUUUGCACCCCCUUUUUUUUUCAAUACAAUCAAGAAAAUUUUAGUUUUUCCCCUUUUUCAAAAAUUAGUUUUUUGUUUUUUUGGGGUUUUUGGGGUUUUGGGGGUUUGGGUUGGGGGUUUUGGUGUGUUGGUUGUGUGGGUUUGUUUUUUUGGGCGGGCCUUCCCCCCCUUUUAAACUAACUUGACGCAUUGUUCCCCCCCUUGGGCUUUUGGGCUGGGUUUCUUUUCUUCCCGGGGGGGGGCUUCCGGGGGACCGGGGGGUUUUUGGGGGGGGUUUUUUUUGGGGGGGGGGGCCCCUUGGGGGGGUUUUUAAAAAAAAACCCCCCCCCCUUUUUCUUUCGGUUUUUUAAAAAUUUCCCCGGGGGAAACAAACCCCCCCAAAGGGGAAAAAACCCAGGGGCCCCCUUUAAAGGGGGGGGGGCCCUGGGCCCCCUUUAAAAGGGGUUUUCCCCCCCUUCUGUAUCCCCCCUAAAAUGAAUCCCUCCCCCAUCCCCCCUACCUUUUCCGCCCUCCUCUCCCCCCUCCCCCCUUCUUCCCCUUUCCCCCCUUUUUUCUCUCUCUCUUUCCCUCCCUUCCUUCUCUUUCAAAAAAUCUCUCCCCCCUCUCCCCUCUCUCUCUCUCGCCCUCCUUGUCUCGCUCUCCCAUAUGUAUAAUUGUUAUGCCUGUUCUUUGUCCCCAUGAGAAGGUAGGGCUAUCUGUGAAAGAAAGACAGACUCACUGAAAUUCAAGAUGCAAUGAAUGGCCCUAUAUAAUGGCACCACAGUUAUAACAAGUCAGUCAUUUCAGUUUUUGAGAGGUGUUACAGUAGGUUUUUUCUAGUAUAAAUCAUAUUGGAGCCCCUUUUUAAAAAUCAAGAAAUCUGAACUGGACCAAUAGAUAACUUUUGAUCAAAUCCAUCAUCUGUUUUGACACUGGUCUUGAUUCUCACCAUCGUACUCAAUAGGAAUCUCCACCAGCCCAUGAACCUUCUGCUGCUAAAAACUACCCAUCAAUGACCUUAUAGGCUCCACAGCACUUCAUACACAGGUCAUCAAAGAGCUUUUACUUGACACAAGGACCAUUCAAUACGCUGUUUGUGUCACACAAGCUUUAUUUAUUAAUAUCUAUGGGACGGGAGCUGUGUUCAUCCUGACUGCUAUGGCAUAUGACAGAUAUAGGGUGGUUGUAGAGGGACGUCCGUGGUGCUCAUCUGUCCUCAGGACGGCAUGGAAGCCAUCCCCAACCCCUUCAUCCAGCAGCAGGACGGAUAGUCGGCCAGCCUCGUUCUCUAGGAUGACCUCACAGUAGUCCAAUUCCUGGUGUGUAUGUCAAUUGUAUUUCCUUGAUUCCUCGCAUCCUCUACUUGCCUCCUUCUCAAAAUGCAUUGGAAGAGAAGAUCAGAGGAGAGGAACCAAAGAUCUACUCCAAUGUGCUUUGAGAAGGAGGGAGGAUGUGAGGAUUCAAUUAAAUAUUAUUGCGGUUAGUAUGAAAAAAUAUAUAUAUAAAAAUUGUAAAAAAUGUAUGCACUCACUAACUGUAAGUCGCUCUGGAUAAGAGCGUCUGCUAAAUGACUAAAAUGUAAAUGUAAAAUAUAUUGCCAUAUGUUGCCCUUUGAGGUACAACACAAUUAUGACCAAUGCUCACAUCAUGAAAAUCAUCACACUGAUAUGUGUCACGCCCUGGCUCUGGGGACUCUAGUAUGUUGAGCCAGGGUGUGAGUUUUCAUUUGUUUAUGUUCUAGUUGUUGUAAUUCUAUGUUGGCCAGGGUGGCUCCCAAUCGGAGACGGCUGUAGCUCGUUGUCUCUGAUUGGGAGUCAUACUUAGGUAGCCUUUUGGCAUUCAUUAUUUGUGGUUUCUUGUUCCGUGUUGGUUGAUUUAUGUAACCAGGGACGUCUCGUUUCGUUUUUGUUGUUUUGAUCGUGUGAUCAUCAUUCAAUAAAUAUAAAAAUGUUCACCUUCAACGCUGCGCAUUGGUCUCUCCAUGACGAUCGUGACAAUAUGGGUGUGUGACUUGAUUUUGAUGGGGGUGCUCUUUUUCCUGCUGCUUCGGUUACCACGCUGUAGAUCUCUGAUGGCACUCUCCUGCUGUGACAACCCCUCCAUGUUGAAACUGGUCUGUGCUAACACAGCCAUCAAUAACAUCUAUGGACUCUUUAUUCCUACCCUCAUACAGGUCAUAGUUGUUUGGACCAUUCUCUACACUUACCUUCAUAUACUUGUCACAUGUUUCAGAAAGAAAGGAUCAGCUGACACUAAAAGCAAAGUUCUGCAGACUUGUGCUACACAUUUAAUAGUUUUCACCUCUUCACGUGUUUAUGGCUUCUCGUCGUUAUUUCAUACAGACUGAGCCAAUUUCCCUCACAAUUACGGAGACUCAUAGGGGUUUCCACAUUCAUUUUCCCCCCAAUUUUAAAUCCAAUCAGAUAUGGUCUUAAAACAAAGAAUAUCGGAGAAACGACAGAACAAAUAAUGCAACAAAUAUUGUGGUUAAACUCAAAUAUACUAAUUGAUAAAAAAACAGUUUUUGAAAAAAUGUUUCAAAAGGUAUUUUCUUUGUAAAUUAUAUCAUAGGUAGGACUCGUGGAGUUAUGUCGCACAUGCAGUUAACAAAAAAACAUAUGGUAAUGUCUGCUCUACCCAAAAUUACAACCAAAUAAUUGAAUAAUUAUCGCAAAAAUGGAAAAGAGGAAAGUGGAAGUGGGAAAAAGUAAGGAACUUGUCUGUCGGCCCCUGCAUUAAAGAACAUAAUUGGUUAAAGAAAAUUGUGAUAAAUAAAAAAGUAUGCCAGUUUCAUUUAAGGACCAAAGGAUUGACAGCCGUCCCAUAUAGAUUGCAAAAUAUUUGGGAAGAGAUUUUUGACGUACCAAUUCCAUGGCAUAGUGUUUAUGAACUGAUAAGCAAAACGACGCCUGAUUCAAAACUUAUAAUUUUUCAAUUUAAAUUAUUAUACAAAAUUCUUGCUACAAAUAGAAUGUUAUUUACAGUGGGGAAAAAAAAGUAUUUAGUCAGACACCAAUUGUGCAAGUUCUCCCACUUAAAAAGAUGAGAGAGGCCUGUAAUUUUCAUCAUAGGUACACAUCAACUAUGACAGACAAAUUGAGAAAAAAAAUCAAGAAAAUCACAUUGUAGGAUUUUUUAUGAAUUUAUUUGCAAAUUAUGGUGGAAAAUAAGUAUAUGGUCACCUACAAACAAGCAAGAUUUCUGGCUCUCACAGACCUGUAACUUCUACUUUAAGAGGCUCCUCUGUCCUCCACUCGUUACCUGUAUUAAUGGCACCUGUUUGAACUUGUUAUCAGUAUAAAAGACACCUGUCCACAACCUCAAACAGUCACACUCCAAACUCCACUAUGGCCAACACCAAAGAGCUGUCAAAGGACAACAGAAGCAAAAGUGUAGACCUGCACCAGGCUGGGAAGACUGAAUCUGCAAUAGGUAAGCAGCUUGGUUUGAAGAAAUUAACUGUGGGAGCAAUUAUUAGGAAUGGAAAGACAUACAAGACCACUGAUAAUCUCCCUCGAUCUGGGGUUCCACGCAAGAUCUCACCCAGUGGGGUCAAAAUGAUCACAAGAACGGUGAGCAAAAAUCCCAGAACCAAACAGGGGGACCUAGUGAAUGACCUGCAGAGAGCUGGGACAAAAGUAACAAAGCCUACCAUCAGUAACACACUACGCCGCCAGGGACUCAAAUCCUGCAGUGCGAGACGUGUCCCCCUGCUUAAGCCAGUACAUGUCCAGGCCCGUCUGAAGUUUGCUAAAGUGCAUUUGGAUGAUCCAGAAGAGGAUUGGGAGAAUGUCAUAUGGUCAGAUGAAACCAAAAUAGAACUUUUUGGUAAAAACUCAACUCGUCGUGUGUGGAGGACAAAGAAUGCUGAGUUGCAUCCAAAGAACACCGUGCCUACUGUGAAGCAUGGGGGUGGAAACAUCAUGAUUUGGGGCUGUUUUUCUGCAAAGGGACCAUGACGACUGAUCCGUGUAAAGGAAAGAAUGAAUGGGGCCAUGUAUCGUGAGAUUUUGAGUGAAAACCUCCUUCCAUCAGCAAGGGCAUUGAAGAUGAAACGUGGCUGGGUCUUUCAGCAUGACAAUGAUCUCAAACACACCGCCCGGGCAAUGAAGGAGUGGCUUCAUAAGAAGCAUUUCAAAGUCCUGGAGUGGCCUAGCCAGUCUCCAGAUCUCAACCCCAUAGAAAAUCUUUGGAGGGAGUUGAAAGUCUGUGUUGCCCAGCGACAGCCCCAAAACAUCACUGCUCUAGAGGAGAUCUGCAUGGAGGAAUGGGCCAAAAUACCAGCAACAGUGUGUGAAAACCUUGUGAAGACUUACAGAAAACGUUUGACCUGUGUCAUUGCCAACAAAGGGUAUAUAACAAAGUAUUGAGAAACUUUUGUUAUUGACCAAAUACUUAUUUUCCACCAUAAUUUGCAAAUAAAUUCAUUAAAAAUCCUACAAUGUGAUUUUCUGAUUUUCUGAUUUUGUCUGUCAUAGUUGACGUGUACCUAUGAUGAAAAUUACAGGCCUCUCUCAUCUUUUUAAGUGGGAGAACUUGCACAAUUGGUGGCUGACUAAAUACUUUUUUUCCCCACUGUUUAUUGGGAAUACAAUCUUCCAAGCUCUGCAGAUUUUGCUGCGACGAGACAGAAACAUUAGAUCAUUUGUUUUGGUACUGUCCAUUUGUAGCUUGUUUUUGGACACAGGUCCAGGAAUGGCUAAAGGAUUACAAUAUUUACCUGGAGCUAACCCUGCAGAUAGCACUACUGGGUGAUCUGAAAAGUCAUAGUCAAUCGAUCAAUAAUAUAAUAAUACUUUUAGCAAAAAUGUUUCUUUUCAAUUUACAGUCUGUAGAAACAAUGAUAAUAGAAGGGUUCAGAACUUUUGUAAAACAUCACAGUUUGGUUGAAUAAUUAUAUGGCAAAUAGAAAUCCAAUAUGGAUGGUGUUAAGAGAUAGAUGGGUGGUGUUGAAUGGAGUUGAAGGAUGGGACUAAUAACAACUAACAACAACUAAUAACAACAAGAUAACUAAUGUAAAGCAUAAUGUGUCCAUAAUAAGUAUAUAGAAUAUAGGUUGAGAGCUUUUGUGAAAGGUGAAAGAGCACAGUUAGAAAGAUAUGGCAAAUAGAAUUAAAACUGAUUGACAUCAUGAAAAUGAUCGGAGAGGUUGAGGGUAGAGGAAGCUCAGGAGUAAAAACAAAACAAAAAUAUAAUUAUUGUAAAAUUGACUGUGUCCAUAAAAUAUAUAUAGUCUGUAUAAGCUGGAAGUAGAGGCCUAAGCAUUGUCGUUCACUAGUUUACUCCAAUUAGGGAAGGGGUGGUGGGGUUGGAAAGUAAUAAAGGGAAAUAUAUUUUGUAUAUAUGUAUGUAUAUGCAUUUAUGUGUAUGUAUGUGUAUGUGUAUGUGUUUGUAUAUAUAUAUAUAUAUUUGCGAGAGAAAAAAAACAUAUGGGGGGUUAGAAGUGAUGCAGACAAUUACAUUGAUAGAAGUUACAAUCUAUCUGAAAUAUUAAAGCUGAUCUACCCCCUAAAAAAAUUUUUUAAUAAAGUCCACCUGUGUGCAAUCUAAGUGUCGCAUUAUCUGUCACAUGAUCUCAGUAUAUACAGUGGGGAGAACAAGUAUUUGAUACACUGCCGAUUUUGCAGGUUUUCCUACUUACAAAGCAUGUAGAGGUCUGUAAUUUUUAUCAUAGGUACAUUUCAACUGUGAGAGACGGAAUCUAAAACAAAAAUUCUGAAAAUCACAUUGUAUGAUUUUUAAGUAAUUAAUUUGCAUUUUAUUGCAUUACAUAAUUAUUUGAUCACCUACCAACCAGUAAGAAUUCCGGCUCACACAGACAUGUUAGUUUUUCUUUAAGAAGCCCUCCUGUUCUCCACUCAUUACCUGUAUUAACUGCACCAGUUUGAUCUCGUUACCUGUGUAAAAGACACCUGCCCACACAAUCAAUCAAACAGACUCCAACCUCUCCACAAUGGCCAAGACCAGAGAGCUGUGUAAGGACAUCAGGGAUAGAAUUGUACACCUGCACAAGGCUGGGAUGGGCUACAGGACAAUAGGCAAGCAGCUUGGGGAGAAGGCAACAACUGUUGGCGCAAUUAUUAGAAAAUGGAAGAAGUUCAAGAUGACGGUCAAUCACCCUCGGUCUGGGGCUCCAUGCAAGAUCUCACCUCGUGGGGCAUCAAUGAUCAUGAGGAAGGUGAGGGAUCAGCCCAGAACUACACGGCAGGACCUGGUCAAUGACCUGAAGAGAGCUGGGACCACAGUCUCAAAGAAAACCAUUAGUAACACACUACGCCGUCAUGGAUUAAAUUCCUGCAGCGCACGCAAGGUCCCCCUGCUCAAGCCAGCGCAUGUCCAGGCCCGUCUGAAGUUUGCCAAUGACCAUCUGGAUGAUCGAGAGGAGGAAUGGGAUAAGUUCAUGUGGUCUGAUGAGAUAAAAAUAGAGCUUUUUGGUCUAAACUCCACUCGCCGUGUUUGGAGGAAGAAGAGGGAUGAGUACAACCCCAAGAACACCAUCCCAACCGUGAAGCAUGGAGGUGGAAACAUCAUUCUUUGGGGAUGCUUUUCUGCAAAGGGGACAGGACGACUGCACCGUAUUGAGGGGAGGAUGGAUGGGGCCAUGUAUCGCGAGAUCUUGGCCAACAACCUGCUUCCCUCAGUAAGAGCAUUGAAGAUGGGUCGUGGCUGGGUCUUCCAGCAUGACAACGACCCGAAACACACAGCCAGGCAACUAAGGAGUGGCUCCGUAAGAAGCAUCUCAAGGUCCUGGAGUCGCCUAGCCAGUCUCCAGACCUGAACCCAAUAGAAAAUCUUUGGAGGGAGCUGAAAGUCCGUAUUGCCCAGCGACAGCCCCGAAAACAUGAAGGAUCUGGAGAAGGUCUGUAUGGGGGAGUGGGCCAAAAUCCCUGCUGCAGUGUGUGCAAACUUGGUCAAGACCUACAGGAAACGUAUGAUCUCUGUAAUUGCAAACAAAGGUUUCUGUACCAAAUAUUAAGUUAUGCUUUUCUGAUGUAUCAAAUACUUAUGUCAUGCAAUAAAAUGCAAAUGAAUUACAAAAAAAUCAUACAAUGUGACAUUCUGGAUGUUUGUUUUAGAUUCUGUCUCUCACAGUUGAAGUGUACCUAUGAUAAAAAAUUACAUGCUUUGUAAGUAGGAAAACCUGCAAAAUCGGCAGUGUAUCAAAUACUUGUUCUCCGCACUGUAUACACCUGCUCUGAAAGGCACCAGUGUCUGCAACACAACUAAGCAAGGGGCACCACCAAGCAAGCGACACCAUGAAGACCAAGGACCUCUCCAAACAGGUCAGGGACAAAGUUAUAAAACAAUAUCAGAAACUUUGAACAUCCCACGGAGCACCAUUAAAUCCAUUAUAAAAAAAUUGAAAGAAUAUGGCAUCACAACAAACCUGCCAAGAGAGGGCCGCCAACCAAAACACAUGGACCAGGAAAGGAGGGCAUUAAUCAGACAGGCAACAAAGACCGAAGAUAACCCUGAAGGAAUUGCAAAGCUCCACAUCGGAGAUUGGAGUAUCUGUCAAUAGGACCACUUUAAGCUGUACACUGCACAGAGCUGACUUUAAUGAAGAGUGGCCAGAAAAAGUAAUUGCUUAAAGAAAAAAAGUAAGGAAACACAUUUGGUGUUCGCCAAAAGGCAUGUGGGAGACUCCCCAAACAUAUGGAAGAAGGUACUCUGGUCAGAUGAGACAAAAAUUUAGCUUUUUGGUCAUCAAGGAAAAUUCUAUGUCUGGCGCAAACCCAACACCUCUCAUCACCUUGAAAACACCAUCCCCACAGUGAAGCAUGGUAGUGGCAGAAUCAUGCUGUGGGGAUGUUAUUCAUCGGCAGGGACUGGGAAACUGGUCAGAAUUGAAGGAAUGAUGGAAUGGCGCUAAAUACAGGGAAAUUCUUGAGGGAAACCUUUCAGUCUUCCAGAUAUUUGAGACUGGGACGGAGGUUCACCUUCAAGCAGGACAAUGACCCUAAGCAUACUGCUAAAGCAACACUCAAGUGGUUUAAAUGUCUUGGAAUGGCCUAGUCAAAGCCCAGACCUCAAUCCAAUUGAGAAUCUGUGGUAUGACUUAAAGAUUGCUAUACACCUGCGGAACCCAUCCAACUUGAAUGAACUGGAGCAGUUUUGCCUGAAGAAUGGGCAAAAAUCCAAGUGGCUAGAUGUGCCAAGCUUAUAGAGACAUACCCCAGGAAACUUGCAGCUGUAAUUGCUGCAAAAGGUGGCUCUACAAAGUAUUGACUUUGGGGAGGUGAAUAGUUAUGCACGCUCAAGUUUUCUGUGUUUUUGUCUUAUUUCUUGUUUGUUUCACAAUAAAAAAUAUUUUGCAUCGUCAAAGUGGUAGGCAUGUUGUGUAAAUCAAAUGAUACAAACCCUCCCAAAAAUCUAUUUUAAUUCCAGGUUGUAAGGCAACAAAAUAGGAAAAAUGCCAAGGGGGGUGAAUACUUUCGCAAGCCACUGUACAUAUAAGGAUGUUAUAAUAUUGCAAUAAAGUUGUUUUUAAAAUGUUAUCAUGAACUAGACUACACAGCAACACAUAUCUAAGGAGGUUCCCAGGUUACAUCAGCUAGGUGAAAGGCCUCUAGGACACUAAAGGGCUGUCCUUUACUGAUCAUGAGGCAAUAAAGAGGGCUUGUCAGGGAGCCAUCAUACAGGGGUCUGUCAUAACUGAAGGUGGCCUCCAGCUCUGGCCGUGGACUGACAUCUAAGAAGAGAGAAGUAUGAAUGAUUUAAAUAAUUUGAUAGAUUAAGCUAAACUGCAGUAGGCUACUCAAUUAAUGUGUUUCCAUUUGGCAAAGAAAAAUGUGUGUGUUAUAUGCAACAGUUGCACCAACAACAAAGUAAUCUAUUUCUUAAUUCUUUGGGAUUUGGUUUUGUUCUUUUUAGUUGUAGAGAUGUGUUCUUUCUGUCAUAUUUGUUGCAGUCAAAACAUAAUAUUUGUUGCAUUAGGCAAUAUUGUGCUCUUUGAAUUCAACACAUUCAUUGGACAAACAUAUGUGUUGAAGACUAUAUGACUAUUUCUGUAUUGUUUCAGGUGGGCUGCUUUCCAGAAGGCAAUUACAAAAUCAUUCUACAGUAGUUAUGUAUACAAAUUCUACAUACAUGUUGAGCAUGGAAUCACUGGCCAUAGCUCCAUCUGGUGUUUACCCAGCAUUCCUUUUUGGAACCCUUACAUACUGUUUCAUUGUGUUUUGCAACGUUACGGUUUUAGUCACCAUAGCCCUGGACAGAAAGCUGCAUAAACCCAUGUUUAUCCUACUCUUCAACAUGCCUAUCAAUGACUUAAUAGGUGCUACAGCCUUCUUCCCUCAGCUGGUGGUGAGCAUCCUGGCUCAGAACAGGUCAAUCUCCUACCCUGCAUGCUACCUCCAGGCUCUGCUCGUCCACCUGUACGGAGCUGGCUCCUUAACUAUCCUGACCGCCAUGGCUUACGACAGGUAUAUCGCUAUCUGCUGUCCACUGAGGUAUAACGCCAUCAUGAGUCCAAAUAACUUGAUGAAAAUCAUAAUUUUCAUGUGGCUCUUGGUCAUUGCUCUGAUUGUGGUUCUGCUGGCUCUGGUCACUCGCUUCAAGAUCUGCAGAACGACAAUAGUGGAUACGCAUUGUAACAAUCCGUCAUUGGUGAGGCUCAUUUGCGAUGACACACGUAUAAACAACUACUAUGGGUUGUUUAUAACAGCCGUCUUUCAGGGUGUAUCGUUGCUAGUGGUUAUAUAUACAUAUAUCCAGAUCCUGAUCACCUGUGUCAUGAAUAAGUCGUCUGAUGCCCGGAGCAAGGCCAUUCAGACAUGUGGUACGCAUCUUGUAGUGUUCUUAUUCUUAGAGUUCAACGCCUGCUUUGGCCUGAUUGCUCAUCGAUUUCAGCAAACAGACCCUUUCUUGAGGAGAGCAUUUGGAUUAUCAGUUAUGGUGUUCCCUCCCAUUCUGAAUCCCCUCAUAUAUGGUCUAAAAACUAAAGAAAUUCGCCAAAAUGUUCUGGGUUUCUACAAACGAAAGGUAUCUUCAGUUAAAUGA